UUUAGUUCCAGUGAGAGAAAAAUAUCAUGAAAUAACAACAAUAAGGAAUGAUGGUCUCAUCGGUUUCCAACUCUCGAAAUAGUAUUUCUACAACGCCACCAAUAAUUGACUACUAUGGAAGGACUCGUUUUGAGUUGGAGUACAUGUUGCCAAACUCAACUGAUUUUCCAACUUCUAAUGUUCAAAGUUACACCUUGAAUGAAGUGUUUUCAAUGGUUAUGCUACCAAUUAUUUUAAUUGGAUUGUUGGGAAAUACUGUGUCUAUUUAUGUGUACAGCAGGAAUCAUAUGAAAAAGAAUACGAUUGGUUUCCUUCUUCUCAGUCUUUCGACAAUUGAUCUCAUUGUUCUUGUCACCGCAUUGCCAACAUUUGGAACCUAUAAAUUUCCAUUUUUUCCCGGCUACAAUAAAAUUGGUUCAGCUCACACAAUUUUCAGUGCAUUUUGUUUAGUAUACAUUUAUCCAUUCGGGUGCAUGGCAAAAAUGAUUGGUCAGUACAUCAUAGUGCUUAUUGCCGUGGAAAGAUGGUUCGCAGUAUGUAGACCUUUACAAGUACAAGUUUGGUGUACUCAGAAGAAUACUAUUCGGGCUAUGCUCUACAUAAUCGCAAUUUCAAUCUCGUUCAAUGCUCCAAGAUUCUUAGAAUUUACGGCCGAUCUAUCCACUGGUGUUGUCAACAUGGGACUAUCCCAUAGUGCAAAUAACACGUGGUAUUUCUAUUUAUAUUAUGGAAUUCGUUCAAUAUUUUUUGAUGCAUUAAUACCUUUUGCUAUCAUAUCAGUGACAAAUAUUCAAGUUAUCCAACAACUUCACAAAUCAAACGAAGAAAGAAAAUUACUAACAACGCAACAACAAAAAGAAAAAAGAACUACAACAAUGCUUUUGGUAAUGGUAAUUCUGUAUGCAACUUGCCAUUUCUUUAAUACAACUCUCAAGUUUAUCAAUAUGGUUUCCAAAACUUAUGCUCAAUUCCGGUUUCCCGUAAUUCGAGUCAUUCAUCACAUAUCAAAUCUACUCCUGGUAAUAUAUUCAGCUUCAACAGUUUUUAUUUAUCUUAUUUUCUCAACAAAAUAUCGAAAAGUUCUUUCUACAUGUGUUACUUGCGGAAGUACGGAAGAGUUGAAUACGGUAUCGAGUCGAGGAAAACAAAAGACAACGGCUUUUCAAAUCAAAUCAACGUCUCAUAAUGGUUAUACAUCAAUCAAAAGCAUAUGAGAGAGCAUAAUUCACCUAAUUUUUUUCUAUUUCACAUGACGUGUAUAAAAUAAUCUUAAUUUGUUUUCGCUGAUGUUUGGCAAUUAUAAUAACUUCUAGAAAAAAUAUUUCGAUCAUA